UCCCACCCUCUCUCUCUCUCUUCCCUCUCUCUCCUCCUUCCCUCUCUCUCCUCCCUCCCUCUCUCCCAGGUAUGAAAUCUAAGGUGGAUGAGCUAAAGGCAGCGUAUGACCGUGAGGAGUGUCCGUGCUUGGAGCAGUAUGACCCUCACACCGUAGCCAGCCUGUUGAAACAGUUCCUCCGAGAGCUGCCUGAGAACCUGCUGGGACGAGACCUGGCUCAAGGCUUUGAGGACGCCUGCAGUCGAUCAGCCGAGGCUGAGAAGGUGACAGAGUUCCAGCGUCUCUUAGUGGAGGUGCCCCCUGGCAGCCGUCUGCUCCUGUCCUGGCUGGUCACUCACUUGGACCAUGUUAUCACAAGAGAGACCGACACCAAGAUGAAUAUCUAGAAUAUAUCCAUCGUACUCAACCCCACUGUACAGAUUGGGAACAGGGUCCUGUACGUGUUCUUCACCCACGUCCGGGAGCUGUUUGGGGAGGUGUUCCUGAGACCCGUGUCCCGCCC